UUGGAACAGUUGGCUCAAAACCGGGAAUUCCCUAAAAGUCACGUGAUAUUGACAGUAAGCCGAAAACAAACAUGGCGUCGCCUUCGUCCCAGGAGCAGUUUCGCCCUUUGGACAACAUCUAUCAGAUAUUACCUCAGGGACAUGAGAAGGCUCUAAAGCAAGCGUUUUACAACACCUUGGCUAUACUUUUCGUUAUUGUUGCGUGUGCAGCUGGAAUCGCGGUGUAUUUUAUUCUGGAAUCAUUUGUGCGGCCGUUGUUGUGGGCAGUUUUGUGCGGCACGUUUUUGUAUCCCUUCAAGCGAAGUCUAACCAGCACAUUGCGCAGAUGGUUGACCGGUCUCAAUGAUUCGGGCACACCAUUCGCUCUUGGAUUUGUUUUAUUGCCAGUGACAGUCGUAGAUCAAACAUCGGAAGGUCUUCGGAAAGCUAUUUUAAAAAAUCUCAAACUUGUUCUAGGAAUAUGUGCUGGUGUUCCUGCUCUUUAUCUGCUGUAUCAUUUUGGACCGCUGAGGAAAAUAUUCUGCGUUUGUCAGUUCUGCUAUAAUUUUGUGUAUGGUUUGCUGGGAUACUUCAGUUCACUAUGGAUCUGGACUCUUGUCAUUGCAUAUCUUCUGCUGGUAAUUUUUUACUGGACCCCGGAAACCAGCAAAACUGUCAAAUACCUGGGUAUACCUGUUUGGGGGACUCUGAUGCUUCACGUGUCAUGUCUGGCGGGCCCUCUCCGCUUGGCCCUCUUAACUGUACUCAUUGGCUUGGUUGUGCUGGGAUAUAUGUCAGAAAAAGGCAGCCCUGAAAUAGCAGUUGCCAUAACCCAGGCUGUUGAACCAAAUGAGCCUGAUCCUCCACGUCCAUGGCUGUCCUAUUGGCCAUUAUCUGCAAUAGUCCCUUCAAAGUCUGAGACUGUUACUGAGCAGGCGGCUGAUCCUCAUGAGGCGGGUUCAUCUGUGGGCACUGUGCCGCGACCAACAAGUGCCCCGGCACGAGUGGAAGAAGUCCGUGCUCCGCGAGUCAGCCCAGCUGUCAGCAGUCUGCGCUCCCCUGGCUCUUCCUCCACAGAUACACGCGACAAGUCUAAACGCCAAGAUCUCACCCUUGAUGUAAUGGAGAAGAAAGACCGUUCCCUGAGUGACAAGUGCUUCAUAGCCCUUUUCUAUGGAAUUGUCUUACUCAAACUAUGGACCCACGUCUGGAUUCUUCAGCUUCUCCUCCCUCUCCCAUUUUUUGUUAUGCUGGUCAAAAAGCUUGGCUCCCAGUUCUGUGAGGGAGGUUUACUGGGAGAUAAAGUUAAGCAUCUGCGUGAGACUCUGAGGAGCUGGGUAGAGACUCGACAAGAGGUGUUAGCCCCAAAACCUGUGAAGGGAUUCUUCAAGCUAGUUAUGUCCUGUGACAGAAAGGUGAUUUCAAUUCUGGAACAGUCUUUAGAUACAGCUACUAGUAUUUUGCUCAUCCUGACCCUGGUUGUUGGCACUCUGCUCUUCAUGAUCUUCUUUGCUGUUCAGGUUCACCAGGAAAGUAUUCAGAUGGUGACAUUAACCAGCAAUGUACUGAACAACAGUCUGCCUCCUGACAUGACACAAUGGCUGCCUAACCGAGAUAACAUGCACAAAGCUAUGGAUUCUAUGGUGGGCAAUGCUUACAUGUAUGGCAGGGAUUGGAUAUCAACCAGGGUGAGGGAGUCUGGAGAUGGUGUAAAUAACACGAAGUUGGAGAAACAAGUGCUGGAAUUAUGGGAUAGACUCUACAUGAAUUGGUUUGCUAAGAACUCAACAGCGCUAAAACGGCGGCGUGGCUUCUCCACAAGCCCUAGCAUAGAAAACCUGACGUCUGUGUGGGAGGCAGUGUCCAGUAAUGGCUUGGCUGUUGGGGGAGCUGUGGACUUUGUCAAGGCCAAUAUUGGCACCUUAAUGUCUGUGUUUGAGUCCGUCUGGACAGUCCUAAAGGGCAACCUGAGCCUGUUCUUCAGCAGUCUGACCGCCGUGCUCUCCAUGGUGUUUGGGGGAGGAACUGCCGUUCUCAACUUUGUUAUCUCUGCGGUGAUCUUCCUGACCACAAUUUUUUACCUGUUGGCAUCAAGUGGAGAUAAGUACAAGCCCCUGGAGGUGUUCACCACCAUAAGCCCCAGUGGUCAGCGCUUUGCUCAGGCUGUCGAGGAGGCCAUCAGUGGUGUGUUUAUGGCUUCCCUGAAGAUGGCGUUGUUUUAUGGGUUGUACACCUGGUUUACCCAUAGUGCAUUUGGAGUAAGCGUGGUCUUUAUUCCAGCAGCCUUGGCAGCCAUUUUUGCUGCCAUCCCUUUCCUGGGCACAUACUGGGCAGCCAUCCCAGGAGUCCUGGAGCUGUGGUUGGUGCAUCGAGAAGGUGUGCUGGCUAUCAUCCUGUUUGUAGCUCAGAUGUUACCCACGUAUGUGGUGGACACGGCUAUAUACAGCGAGAUACAGGGUGGUCACCCGUACAUGACUGGCCUGGCCAUUGCCGGAGGGAUGUUCUGUAUGGGGCUGGAGGGGGCCAUUGUAGGACCCAUACUACUCUGCUGUCUGAUAGUCACCAUGAACGUGUACGGCUCCUUCCUCAAACCCGACUCGGCUGCCUCAACGCCCUCUGGAGUUGGCCCUGGUGGUUUUGGGAAGCCUAUGCGUAUGGGGAGUGGCCUGAGAGAAGGGAAGCGGGUGCGCUGGAAUCUUACCCGGUCGGUGAGUUCUGAUGACCAGUUACGUCUGCAUGUCGCUCAUUCUUGAUAGCAGCUGACAUCUUGCUAGGUUUGGAUCACUGAGUUUGAAAGAAAGGAUAUUUUGAUGAGUUUCGUGUGAACAACUUCAGCUUGGUCUUCUAUGACUCAGUAUCCUGUCUGCAUAUCUCCGCCCGUUUCUCGCCUUGUAGUAAACAUUGUAAAAUAUAAGUUGGACAUCAGUGGCACACCACAUCCAAGAGAGACUGAAGAAGUUUUGCCGUGUGAGUCUGUUGAUGGCAAACUUUUAAUAAGCCCACUCAUUGAGGUAUUCCAAGGUAGAUCUUCAGAUACAAUUUAGGUGAGGAUUGUACUAAUACUGAUCAUGAUGGACGCAAAAAUAACACUAAUAGAUAAAACCUCAGCCUGUAGUUGCUUGGGUUAGACAAGUGUUAUCUCUACUGUGGACUUCAUGCCAGUCUACCAGUCGGCCUCGCCAAAACGUAACUGUAAUACUGACGAAAUGGUGUUAAGCUAUAAAAGACAGAUCACUGUCACGAUGUCCAACUCUCUCUAGGUCAUGGAAAGGCAAUGCAAAGCUUGAUUGUCUUGUUAGGAAAGCUCACCUUUAUGUAGGGAUGGCCAGUGUAUAUGAAUAUACUGUAGAAAAUUUAUAAGCAUACAUGUACAUUUGGGUACCACUGAUAUUAACUCUGUACUGCUGAGGCACUAUGGAAUGAGAGAUCCCUGGUAGCUCUCUGUUGAGUCCUGUAAGCAAAGCUCACCCGCUUGAACACCUGUUACAAAACUAUAAAGAAACGUAAAAAUGUAGAUCCACCCUCUAUCCACUUGUCACACCCUUAAUAGUGCUAAACUAUUGCAGGUGGCAGGUUUCCUUUAGGAUUACGCGUUUAAUCUCUAACCGCAGCAUGGAUGUGGACAACAGAGGAUGUAUAACUCUAGUGUGCAUGUGUAGUGGUAGAUUUUCUCUUUAGCAUGUUGUUAAUGGCUGGUGCUGAUACAGUGGUAUAUGUUCUGAGCUUUAUCUGAUCUCAUCAGGAUAAUAAUUUAUGUACAUGUAUGUUUGUGCAAUAACACUAAUGAGAGCAUAAUACUGAGGUAUUUAUUUACCACAUUUCAUUUGGCGUGUGUUGAUACUAUUUUUUUUUGUGGUCUACUAAGAGAGGCUUUACCAUUUUCUUACAUUUCUAUUUUAGUAUAUAUGUUCAAAUACACGAUUUAUUUUUGUUAUGGUUUUCAUUUUGUUUAAUGAGAUGAACUGUGUAAGUUAUUCAGUAAUAGUUCAGCAAGGUACAAAUUGGCAUCGUGUUUUCAUUGGCAUUGUAUACACGAAGAGGUAAUACAUGCAUACUAUUUUUGUGCAACUUUUAACUUCUUUCAGCCCUGUUCACUCUAUUUGUGAUCUCACUCUUUUGGUGCUGUUCAUUGAGAAUGUUGAAAGUGAUGGAUAUAAAAAUGCCAGUUGUGUAUUCGCGUGUAAUAUGAUGUAUAUUACUCUGACAUUUGUCUGAUAGAGUGCGUUGCCAGGCUAGUCUGUUUGCUGCAUGUGUUAUUAUAGUCAUUACUAUAAACUGGCUAUGGUUCAACCAUUACUGGGUAUUUUAUACGCUGGGUUUCCUUUAUAUUACAUACCAUAGGUGGUAAAAGAUGGUAUGAAGUGAGGAUGUGAUUGGUCAUUUAAGCCCCUGCUCUUCAAAGUUCUGUAGUGGCAAAGUUUAGGGAACAGACAAGUAACUUUGAACACAUUUUGAAAUGCUGUUUCACAGCUGACUUUUUUGUUCUGUGGGGUGGGGAUUGUUGGGGGUGGGGUGUAAGGGAGCGUUUCCCAUCCUGAACAUCAUACCAGAUUAUAUAUAAUUCUUAUGCGUAAAGCCUUACCACUGUGUUGCUCAGGUAACUGUUUAAUAGAUUUACCUGUUAGGGCCAUUAGCUUUAUGCUAAUCUUAUGCUUAUAUUGUACUUACCGUAUCUUGAAGUCUGUAUGUACCUGUCCAGUUAUAAAUUUGAUAUCAACAUGGCUGCUUACUUAGUAUGUAGUACAUUUUAAGCUAUGUAUGUUUGAAGUGCGUCCUCGAUCUUAAUCAAGUUUUAAUGGCGCAUAUCAGGAGUUGUCCAGAACUUGGCUUUUAUUUAUACAUGUAUGGUACACGAAGACAUUGUGUAACAGCAUUGGAUAUGAUUGAUAUUAUUCAUGCCUGCCAAACUGUUGCCUCUGUAGUAAUUGGGGGCCUUUAUACACAGAUAAUAGCAUUGGAGAUAUUACACCUAAUUAAAAGCUUUACAACAAUUUAAUUAGCCUGACUUUCUGAGCUUUGAUUUGAAGAAGGUGGUAGAUGAGCUUGUAGAUUUACAAGUAGCGCCUUGUGAAAGCCUUAUUAAUUAAUAAGUCCCUCUCUGUAAAUUUAUGACACUGUAGCUGAUAAUAAAAUACAGAAUACUGGUA